UCGGAUGUGAGCGUCUCUCUCCUGUGCGCAUUACGCACGAGGACAGCUGGGGUCCCAUGGGUCUCCUCUCAUGAGUCUGGUAUCUGUCUUUUGGAAAGAGUUAAUGCCGUUUAACCCAAACCUUGCAGUGUUUUACAUUUUUGGGAAUGAUGUAACGGGGGUGUAUGGCACAACCCUCAGUCUCCACCAAUGAAAAUACGGGCAGGACUCAACAGCUACCAUUUUCGGGGGGCUUGUUAUAAAGCCGGCUUAUAACGGAUUUAUCAGUCAGUCUUUGUUCAUAUUCAGUAUUUUACCUGAAUUCCUUCAUUUGCAGUGUGAAAUUCUUUUGAGAUUGUAAAGCCUUUUUUCCUUCCUAUCUCUCCCAUCUUCAGCUGCAGUUGCAACAUGGAGAACCAGUCCUAUGAGGUGAAAAUUAAUGGGAGUGGUAUCCAUGAGAAGAAUGCUCUCGUUUGUGUCAAUGGAAAAGGUCUUAAUGGAAACGGUAACCAUCAUAAAGCUGUGAAAGGCAUUGUUUGUCCGGCCAAGCAGAAGAGCUGCAGGCAGCGAUGGAACAUCCGGCCCUCAGAGAUGUCAAUCAACACCUUGAAUCCCAUCCGUGCCAUUGUGGAUGGGAUGAAGCUCACACCCAACCCUGAGAAGCCCAUGAUUGCUCUGUCCAUUGGGGACCCUACUGUGUUCGGGAACCUGCCUACUGAUGACAAAGUUCUCCAGGCCAUGAAGGACGCCAUUGACUCACACAAAUACAACGGCUAUGCUCCGUCUGUUGGUUAUCAGAAGAGCAGAGAGGUGGUGGCAAACUUCUACAGUUGCCCCGAGGCCCCCUUGGAGGCAGAGGAUGUGCUUCUGACCAGUGGCUGCAGUCAGGCUAUAGAUCUGGCCAUUACAGUGCUGUGUAACCCUGGAGACAACAUCCUAGUGCCCUGCCCUGGAUUCUCCCUCUACAAGACUCUGGCUGUGUCUCUGGGCAUCCAGGUCAAACUGUACAACCUUCUGCCAGAGAAGUCUUGGGAGAUUGAUCUCCAACACAUGGAAAGCCUGAUAGAUGACAGGACAACCUGCCUGAUUGUCAACAAUCCCUCCAACCCUUGUGGCUCCGUCUACAGUAAAGAGCAUCUACAGAACAUCCUUUCUGUUGCCUCCAAACAUUGCGUCCCAAUCCUGGCUGAUGAGAUCUAUGGUGACAUGGUGUUUCCAGGUUGCACAUACCAAUCUACGGCGUCCCUCAGCAGUGAUGUGCCCAUCCUAGCGUGUGGUGGUCUGGCCAAGCGAUGGCUAGUCCCUGGCUGGAGGCUAGGUUGGAUCCUCAUCCACGACAAGAAUCAAAUCUUCGGAAAAGAGAUUCGUCAGGGUCUGGUUAAGCUUAGCCAGAGGAUUCUGGGUGCCUGCACCAUUGUCCAGGGUGCGAUAGAGAGCAUCCUGAACGACACGCCCCAGGAGUUUUACCACAGAACCAUCAGUUUCCUCAAGUCAAACUCCGAGAUCUGUUUCUCUGAACUGUCCACUGUUCCUGGGCUGACCCCCGUGAUGCCAUCAGGAGCCAUGUACCUCAUGGUGGGAAUUGAGAUGGAACACUUCCCAGAGUUCCAGAACGAUGUGCAGUUCACUGAGCGUCUGGUAACUGAGCAGUCCGUCUUCUGCCUGCCUGCUACGGCAUUUGAGUACCCAAAUUACUUCCGGAUCGUGGUGACCGUACCAGAGGAGAUGAUGGUGGAGGCGUGUACACGGAUUCGGGAGUUCUGCCAGCGCCACUACAGAACCUGCAGCCAAGACAGCAACGAGCUAGACCAAUAAUGAGAGACACAGCCUGGGAGAGGGGGAGACCAAAGAGUAUGGGCACAGAAUAUGACAAAAGUAAAUGUGAAAAAAAGAGAACGGGAAGAGGGUGAGAGUAAAAGGAAAGAAAUUAGGGAAGAGAAGGAGAGAGAAGAUGUGUCCAAAUAUCGUGUUGCACUGCGGGAACAAAGGUUUUUGCAAUGUCUUUGGUGGUGGUCCAUCUUUGGUACCCCAACUUAUGAGCAGACCUGAUAUUUAUAUUUUGUAUGGCCAUCUUAUGUCAACCUUACUUUGUCUAACUAUUUGAAUUCUUAAAGUUAUUCUAUAUGUUGGGUUGACCAGAACACCAUUGGGCGUAUAGAACCAGGGACCGGGGGUCCUCCCCUUUCUUCAAACCAUGAUGGGGUUCAUGGUUGGGUUAAUCCCACCAUGGAAACAGAUGGAACUGAAGCACCAGCAUGGAUCAGAUGAUCUACAGUGCUUUCCAUAGCCAGCGUUACAUACUCUUUCUUGCAUGUGUUAGAAUUAUGAUGACACUCAGUAUACAUUCUGAUAUAUUGCAUGCUUAACCAACACUUUUCCUAUGUAUAUAAUCUUAAAAAUUUGUUAUGUUGAUGUAAUAUUGAAUGUUUUUUUUUUUUUUUACUUUCAUAUAAAAAAGUUAUUUAAACCAAA